AAACACGUGGGCCACGGUAUCCAGAGCUCACAUAAACAAAGCCACAUUGGCCAGACUGGGUAGUCGAAGCUCGUGUCGCUGUCAGUGCGCGGAGUCACACGGUCGUGUCCUGCCUGGCAUUGUUGGGUACAGCCGCUCAUGGUUUGGAGCUUUUACACAAAUUGAUGAAUACCCUGUGCAUGCUUAUCGCAUGGAUUGAAAGCCACGAUCCUGAUGUGAAACAGGGGAAGAUCCAGAACAGAGCCGCUUUCUUGAAUCCUGACAGCCAUACAACUCCUGACAAUACCCAUUUCAAGUGUCACCGAAAAACUGUCAGAAGACUUGAGCCAUGCCCUGCGUUCAGGCUCAGUAUGGAUCAUCACCUCAAGGAGCUAGUCCUGCUUCCCAGAGCUACAGCUACCACACCGCAGGAGAAUACAGCUGCGACUUCUUAACACCUGAGUUUGUUAAGUUUAGCAUGGACUUGACCAACACUGAGAUCACAGCCACUACUUCUCUCCCGAGUUUCAGUACAUUCAUGGACAACUAUAACACCAGUUACGACGUUAAACCGCCCUGUCUGUAUCAGAUGCCCCACUCUGGAGAGCAGUCCUCUAUCAAGGUGGAGGACGUCCAGAUGCACAGCUACCAUCAGCAGGGCCACCUGCCACCUCAGUCGGAAGAGAUGAUGGCUCAUUCUGGGCCUAUGUACUUCAAACCGUCCUCGCCUCACGCCCCGAGUACGCCAAACUUCCAGGUCCAGCCUAAUCACAUGUGGGAGGACCCUGGUUCCCUCCACAGUUUCCACCAGAACUAUGUCGCGGCCACGUCUCAUAUGAUGGACCAGCGCAAGAACCCCGUCUCGAGGCUCUCGCUCUUCUCCUUCAAGCAGUCCCCGCCUGGCACUCCAGUUUCCAGCUGUCAGAUGCGGUUCGACGGGCCGCUGCACGUCUCCAUGAACCACGACAACCCGGGCGUGCACCGCGGCCUGGACGGACAGAGUUUUGCGGUGCCCAGCGCCAUCCGGAAACAGGCUGGCCUGGCCUUCCCUCACUCCCUGCAGCUCGGCCACGGGCACCAGCUGGUGGACAGCCAAGUGCCAUCGCCCCCGUCCCGAGGAUCUCCGUCAAACGAGGGUCUGUGUGCGGUCUGUGGGGACAACGCAGCCUGCCAGCAUUAUGGAGUGAGAACCUGCGAGGGCUGCAAAGGAUUUUUCAAGCGCACCGUUCAGAAAAAUGCAAAAUACGUGUGUUUAGCAAAUAAAAACUGUCCUGUUGACAAACGCCGAAGAAAUCGUUGCCAGUUCUGCCGUUUCCAGAAGUGCAUUGUCGUCGGAAUGGUGAGAGAAGUUGUCCGAACGGAUAAUUUGAAAGGUCGGAGAGGACGCCUACCAUCCAAACCCAAAAGUCCACAGGAGCCCUCCCCUCCCUCGCCGCCGGUGAGCCUCAUAAGCGCACUUGUUCGGGCCCAUGUGGACUCCAACCCCUCCAUGUCUGCUUUGGACUACUCCAGAUUCCAGGCUAACCCUGACUACCAAAUGACUGGAGACAACACUCAGCACAUCCAGCAGUUCUAUGAUCUCCUGACGGGCUCCAUGGAGAUCAUCCGGGGCUGGGCGGAGAAGAUCCCCGGCUUUUCUGAUCUACCGAAGCCGGAUCAGGAUCUCCUCUUCGAAUCCGCCUUCCUGGAACUGUUUGUCCUGCGGCUGUCGUACAGGUCCAACCCGGUGGAAGGCAAACUUAUUUUUUGUAAUGGAGUGGUGUUACACAGGCUACAGUGCGUCCGUGGAUUUGGAGAGUGGGUGGACGCUAUCGUGGACUUUUCUUCCAACUUGCAGAGCAUGAACAUAGACAUCUCAGCUUUCUCCUGCAUCGCAGCUCUGGCCAUGGUAACAGAGCGACACGGUCUUAAGGAACCCAAGAGAGUCGAGGAUCUCCAAAACAAGAUAGUCAACUGCCUCAAAGAUCAAGUGACAUUCAAUGGCGGUGGAUUGAAUCGUCCCAACUACUUGUCAAAACUCUUGGGAAAGCUCCCUGAACUGCGCACACUCUGUACCCAAGGUCUGCAGCGUAUCUUUUACCUAAAACUAGAAGAUCUUGUCCCUCCGCCAGCAAUAAUUGACAAACUGUUCCUCGACACCCUACCUUUCUGAGUCUGACUCGAUGGCGAGACCUCAAAGAACUUCCAAAAGACUGUUUAUGAGUCAGACUUGAAAGAUUUUUAUGAUUUCUGAAUAUUUGCAAGCUCCGUAGACUAAUAGAACUACAGUACCCUAUUAUGAGUAAGGAUUCAUGAAACAAAAAAAAAGAAUAAGAGGAGAGAGAGAGAGAAAGAAAGAGAGAGAGUGAUUGCUGUGCAGGCCUUUUUAUUCUUUGAUUUCCACACGAGGGAAGUUAAUCCGGUCUUACAAUCACUUACUGUUUAUUUACCAUCGGCUCUCAGCACACUCAGAUGUAAUAUAUUCCAUUUAUAUAUACGAACACACACGCACACACACACUGUAUAUUACGAUAGAUUAUGUGAUGCCUCCAGAGCAUCGGUUUAUAACACGUGUACAAAGUUUGUUAUAAUGAAAAGAUUUAAUUUUCUUUUCUUUUCUGACUCGUGCCUAUGUGUUUCUGACAGGAUCCCAAAAAGUAUCCAGAAAAGACAACGCAUGUUCUAGUUUUCUUUUUUCUCUUUUCUUUUAUAGGCACUUGCUGAGGUGAUGUCUAUAUAAUAAUAUAUACCGGACACUAUGUAGUCUGCUAGAUUUGAUACAGAUUCGUAGUUAUGGCACUCCUUUUAUGUAUGACGCAUAUGUGGAAAAAUAUCUCAUGUGUAUAGAAAAUGAGGGACCCAUGGUGUUUGUAAAACUGUCAGACAUUCCUUGUUUGUAUGUGCUGUAAGUAUUGUUGCUGUUGAAUAUAAACGUUUCUAUAUAUUUAUUAUUUCUAUUGCCAAGAGCUACACUAAGCAUGGUGCAAUUUAAAACGAUUUCAAACCAUCCGAGUUCAUGCUGAGCACGUUGUCUAUGUUUUUAUGUCUUAUUAACGUCUAGCUAGUUUUCAUUUAAAAAUGAAAAAACUCCCA